AAGUAUCAACCCCAUUCCCUCUCCCUCUCUCUCAAGAAACCCACACACACUCUCUCUUCCUCUCUUUCUCUCAUCGACAGAUGGAGAAAGGUGAGGGCAGCCCUUCCUCCGCCGCCGCCGGUGAAAACUCCACCGACAAGAACCCGACGCGCCACAACCUCACCCUCCCCUCAGGACUCACAGCUGACGAAUUCGAAUCCCUAAAGCACUCCAUCUCCGACCACCACACGUACCUACUCGGACCAGGCCAAUGCUCCUCCCUCCUCGCGCAGCGCAUCCACGCGCCGCCCUCCGUCGUCUGGUCCAUCGUUCGCCGCUUCGACAAGCCCCAAACCUACAAGCACUUCAUCAAGAGCUGCGCCGUCAAGGAACCCUUCCACAUGGCCGUCGGUUGCACCCGCGACGUCAAUGUCAUCUCCGGCCUCCCAGCCGCCACCUCCACCGAGCGCCUCGACCUCCUCGACGACGACAAACACGUCACUGGCUUCAGCAUCAUCGGCGGUGAGCACAGACUCCGCAAUUACCGCUCCGUCACCACCGUCCACGGCUUCGAGGAUCGCGAUGGCGGCGGAGGAGGAGGGAAGAUCUAUUCCGUUGUUCUUGAAUCGUACAUCGUUGACGUGCCGGAAGGGAACACCGAGGAGGACACUCGUCUCUUUGCGGACACCGUCGUGAAGCUCAACCUCCAGAAACUCGCGUCCGUCACGGAAGGCAUGAACCGUGACGGCGACGGUUAACAGGAACGGUAAGUCAUCACACAGUUCCUUCGGCGGAAAAAGAAAAAAAAAAACAAAACUGAAAGUUCAGAACCCCGAUUUUAUUGAAAAAAGAGAGAAAAAAAAAAGAAAUUGGAAUACAUAAAAAAAAAAAGGAGAAAAGCAACUCCGAAUUCAGAAGUUUUUCUCCUUAUUUCCUUUUGUUCAUUUCUUCUUCUUUUGAGGAAUUUUGUUGUUGACGGUGGUGGUGGUGAUGGUGGAAGCUGUGAUCAUCACUGAGUCACCAGCGUUGCGUCCUCGUCUGUGUUUGUUUUUACGUUGAGAGUCAUUGUUACAAAUGGGCGAGGGCAUUUUGGUCAAUGCACUUUUGUACAGGAAAUGUUGACUUGUGGAUCAGUUUCAUCAUGUUUCCCUUUUAAUCAUUCCCUCUGAAUAUAUGAAUGAUCAUUUGCUCUUUCA